AUGGGUCGAUCAUAUUCAGCAGCCUCAUCGCCCCCAGUCUCUGGCACCAGACUGGGUGCAUGGCCGCAAGCUCGAGUGGCCACGCACCAUUACGCGUCGAGCGACACCACACUCGCCGAAAGUACUCCUCCGAGCCCGCGCAAUCAGCCGCCGCCCUACCGAGAUGAAGCCAUGACUACGCCGCCCUACUAUCAGGACGACGUUCUUGGGCGGGGAAAAAAGCAUGGAGAGCUACCCAAGAAAACGCUCGUCAUACGACUCUGUACAUCUAUUUUCAUUGCCUUUCUCGUCUGCCUCAUUGUCGCCGCCGUAGUUGGCCGGAUACAUGACACGCAGCUGGGAAAGAAGCAAGACGCGCAGGAAUCUGCCGCACAGGGCAGCGCUAAUGGUAUACGAUACACGAUGAUGGUAGAGGGAGCGAGUUCCCGGAGCACGCCUACGGCCACUACGACAACUUUUGCUGCAGACCAUGCAGCACCAGCUCAUCACAGAAUCGCGAGGCCAACCGGUACAACUAUUUCGACCUAUAGCUGCCCAUAUGUGACAACUUCUGCUACUCGCGUACCACAAAAGUCAAAAGAUACAGCUGCUAGCGAGUCUAUAUGUGGCUUGACGGCACCUGUCCGGAAGGCACAAGAUGGCACAGAAGAAGAGAGCGUCAUGGCUGUAUCAGUAUAUCCUUUGAGAGAUUGCGUCAUUGUCAGAACUUCUUACAAAGUUUCGAGCAGCAGAUUGAGUUAUCGCUGCACACUGUCCUGCAGUGAGGAUGGCGGGCCGGGCAUUGACGGACUGGAAGACGGAUGGAAAUGGCGCUGCGGUUGA